GCCAUCCUCCGUGCACUGACGUCACGUGGAAGCCAGCUGCUGGGAUGAUGCUGAGCGGAACUGUUUUUCAGUUUGCAAAAGUUGUGGAGUUAUUCACAGACAGUUGCAAAUGCUGCCCAACUGAAAGGUUGCGUAUUGCUUAGCUUUCUUAUUUCUUUUAAAGAUCAAGAUUUGCAGAACUGGAUCUCCGCUAGCUAUGCAUUUCCUUGCUUUCACUGCUGUUUAGAAAUGGACUGAAAAACUUCUCAAGGAUUUUUUAUUCCAUGAAAGGAAACAUUCAGGGAAGAAAGAGAAAGGCAGAGCUGUCUUGUUGCCAUUACACAGACUAUAACCAUGGACCUGCGUAAACAACUGGAGAACACCGAGAGGAACUGGAAUAAAGAGAAGAUGGAACUGCUGGAAAAAUUUGACAAUGAGAGGAAAGAAUGGGAAUGUCAAUGGAAAGUUAUGCAGAAGAAAAUUGAAGAGCUUUACCAGGAGGUAAAACUUAGAAGGGAGAACAAUAUGAAUGUCCAUGACAAUAAGGCUAUUCAGAGCAAGAUGCUGCAGCUGUCCAUGCAUUCUCGUACUUCAGAAAAGAGUGGCACAGUGGAACUGAACUAUCAACACAAUGUGGUAAAUGAUGGGAUGGAAAGAGGGAGUUUGCUGACUAAAAGAGGACCUGAAUGCAAAGAGAUCAGAGCCAAGAGAAAAAACGAUACCCUGUUAAUGGACAAUUUGGCCUUUAAGAACCAUGAGGAACUUGAAGACAUCAGCAUCAAAAAUUCCAAGAAAAAUGCCAAGAGCUAUAUUGGUGAUCUCAAUGUGGCACUUAAAGAACUUGCCAGAGUUAGUGAAGAAUUAUGCAGCUAUCAAGAGGAAAUUCGGAAGAAGUCUAACCACAGAAGAAUGAAAUCAGUUCCUUUCCUGGGGGAGUUUGAAGAAACCCAAAACACGGUUAUCCUGCCUGAGAUUAACCAUUUGUCCAAAAAUGAAUCACAGUCUUCAGUUGCAUUUGAAACAGAGGAGCAUAAUAAUAGGAAGAAUCUGAUGAGCUCCACCAAGGUUUUGAAGGAUAUGUCUUACAGUAGUCUUACUGGCAACAGAGGAGAGGUUUUCAGACCUUGGCAACAGAAAGAAGCUCCACCAGUCCCUCCACGAAGCACUUCUCGGCACUUAACAAACUCACUUUCCGCAGUUGUACAGCUUUCUGAAGCACCAAUGAGAGAUCCAGGCAUCAAAAGCAAUUGCAAGGUUCAUGACAGUAGGAGUGGAAGGAAAUUGACAAAUCCUUCAUCUAUAAAACAAAAUGAAACUGCAAUGGCCUGUGCAGAUGAGGAGCAGGCUGGGAAAGGUCCUGUGGUGGUAACUGCUGCAAUACCUGUAACCAAAAAAGAGUGCACUGUACCAAGUUUCUGCCACAAUACAUGGGCAUACGAUGUUGGUAAAGACAGUAAAAGUGAGCCUUCCCCACUGUCGGCCCAGAAGAGUUGUUCAGAUGGAAAUAUGGCCCAUAGUAACAGAAUGCACCAGAAACAAAAUUCCAAGUCUCAUUUCAGUCCUUAUUACAGUAACGACUUUUAUGCCCCUGCUGCUCUGCACAGUGAUGUUUUGGGAGACUCCAGUUGUACUUUGGGUAAGACUCAGAGAAAUGAAACUUUAGCAGCAAAGAUUGAUGAGUUUAACCGGACUGUAUUUCACACAGAUAAACGUAACAAUACUUUACAAGAAAACCAGGUGAUUUGGACAGCAUUAGAUCACAAACCCUGCAGCCCACAGUGUGACUCUGCUAUUAGCAGAACAGAAACUGUAGAUACAUCUUGUGUUUCAAAUCCCAAAUUCUCUGCAGCAAAAGAACAAGAAACUAGCAACCCCAGCAAAGUUGUCAGAACAGUAGGACAACAAAAGCAAAUAAACGAACCUUCAAAUACUAGUGGUUACAGGCAUAUGCUUCAUGAGCAUGACUGGAGACCGAGUAAUUUAUCCGGUCGCCCACGUUCAGCUGACUCAAGAUCAAACUAUGGUGUUGUUGAAAAGCUUUUGAAAAAUUAUGAAAAAUCUGCAGUGAUUUCUCCAUGUAAUGCAAAAUACUGCAAAGAUAAGUGGACAAGGACAAACUCUGAAUCUACUGAUGGAUGUUGUGAGACACUGAAUCAGUAUUUAGAAAUGCUUCCAACUGAGCAAGGAAAGCAAGAAUUUCUGAGGAAUUCAGCCAGGCAUAUUGGGCAGCAACUGAAGCAAGGAAAGGAGAGACAGAAGUUACCAGAGAUAUCUGUGCCAGCUAAAUGUUCAAAUGGGAAGGGUUUCUCACGGCCAGCCCGACCAGCAAAUAGACGCCUACCUUCCAGAUGGGCAUCCAGAUCACCGUCAGCACCUCCAGCUGUGAGAAGGACAGCAUACAACUGCUCUGUCUCCUUUCGGUCAGAGACCUCAGUAGUUUGAACCCAGAAAUGGGUUGGAUGGUGUUGUGAAAGCUCUGUACCUCAUUAUAACUGUGUUCGGUAUGUGUUGUAGCAACCAGAUCUGCACUGUCCUAUCUUGUUCAAGAAUGACUCCAUCACAUGCUGGACAAAACAUUUUGAAUCUUAGGUCAUCAUCAUGGUCUUCAGUGUUUUUAUUGAGAGGAACACAAUGAUACCCCCGGUUUUCU